AUGAAAAUGAGUGAAGAAACUUCGAAAGGGGAGCCAAAAACUGUGCUCGACAAGAGUAACCCCAGUACAUCGUCUUCUUCUGAAAGAGAGACUCCGCCGCCGCCCCAGAAAGUCGUAUUGAAGAGCUGCGACAAGUGCAUAAAGGCGAGUGACAAGUGCAACGGAGCACGCGCAAAACUGAAACAGUCGGAGAAGAGGAACGAGGAAUUGAAGAGUUCGGUGCGGAAAACGGAGAGAGAACUCAAGCGCAUCGAGGAGAACGAGCUGAAGAGACGGAAGAAUCGGGAGGAGAUUGAGAGGAAGAUUCGGGAACUGGAAGAGUUGGCUCACUUUUUGAGAGAGAAGCACUUACAGAGGUGAUUGCAGAAAGAUAGAUUCUCAGUCGGAAAAUGACAAAGACGUAGAUGAGCUAAAGAGGAGAGUGGUGCAAAUGGAAGCGGAACGGGCAGAACGGUUGGAAAAGAGGCAGAAGUGAGUAUUAAAUCCAGAAUAUGAUAUUAAAGCGCACUUUCAGACUGCAAGAGAAACUGGCAACAGUCACCGAUCCCAAGUACGUGGAAAAGGAGUGCGAAAUGCUCAGAAAAUCACUCAAUAAGGCCUCGAAGCGGAAUGCCAAGUAAGUUGGAUUCGAAUGGAUUGAAUAAUAAAAUACUUGUUUAGCCUGAAACAAGAGCACGGACAACUCUCGGUUCUGUGCGCGGAGAGACAAAGAACCGUCGAUCUGCUACUGAGCACAAUGAGCAAAACGGAGCGAACGCCGGAGAUGAAAGAGAUUCUUCUCGAACUGCACGGAAAGCUCAAUGACAUGUUGAUGAACGAUCCGAACGAUGAAGUGAAAGAGAAGAGUGAUAAGUGA